CGAUUGGCUGGCAGUAUGUGGCGUGGCCCGGCGCUGGCGCGGGCGAUUGGCUCCCUUCUCAAGGGGCGGAGCCUGGGGGCGGUACGCUGCGCGAGCGGCGCUCAAAUGGGGCGCGCGCCCCAGCGUCCCCGGACCCUCAGCUUAAGGUACGGUACUCUAGGCCAAAUCAGAUAUACUGCAACGAUGCCUGAAAUACGUACUGACCAUCUUGAUGAGCAGCAAGUCCAGCUUUUGGCGGAGAUGUGUAUUCUGAUUGAUGAAAAUGACAACAAAAUUGGGGCUGAGACCAAGAAGAACUGCCACCUGAAUGAAAACAUUGAGAAAGGAUUAUUGCAUCGCGCAUUUAGUGUCUUCUUGUUCAAUACUGAAAAUAAGCUCCUACUGCAGCAGCGAUCAGACGCUAAAAUUACCUUUCCAGGUUGCUUUACCAAUACGUGUUGUAGUCAUCCAUUAAGUAAUCCACGCGAACUAGAAGAAAAUGAUGCCAUUGGAGUGAGAAGAGCGGCGCAGAGGCGUUUAAAGGCUGAGUUAGGAAUUCCCAUGGAAGAGGUUCCUCCAGAAGAAAUAAAUUACCUAACACGAAUUCACUACAAAGCCCAGUCAGAUGGAAUUUGGGGUGAACAUGAAAUCGAUUACAUUUUGUUUGUGAGGAAGGAUGUAACUUUGAACCCCGAUCCCAAUGAGAUUAAAAGCUAUUGUUACUUGUCGAAAGAUGAACUGAAAGAACUUUUGAAACAAGCAGCCAGUGGUGAAAUUAAGAUAACUCCAUGGUUUCAGAUUGUUGCAGAGACUUUUCUCUUCAAAUGGUGGGACAACCUAAGCUGUUUGAGUCAGUUUGUUGACCAUGAGAAAAUACAUAGGAUGUGAAUGUGCAGAUGGCUGGUCAUUGAACAUGUGCUCUGUCCCGGAAACUAGAAUGGUUUUGUUUGUUUCAAAUUGGUUUUUCUAUUAGAAUGCUCCUACGGUACAUUGCUGUUUUCUACAAUCAGAAUUUGUGUGGGAAAAACGGCUGAUUUACGCUUUGUAUUGCCUACUCUACUCCAUAUGCACUAUUACUUGCGUUUAUUUAUGCAUAAUGAGAGAACAAAUAAGAAUCUGCCCGAAAGUGCUGAUGAGAAAUCUGAACAAGUAAGCGAAGCUGGUGGGGACGUGCUGUAGCAAUACACAUUUCUGCAGUAA